AUGACGUCAAUCGGCACGGGCUACGAUCUUUCCAACUCGGUCUUUUCGCCAGAUGGCCGGAAUUUCCAGGUCGAGUAUGCCGUAAAGGCAGUCGAGAACGGCGGCACAGCUAUCGGCAUUCGAUGCAAGGAUGGUGUCGUCUUGGCCGUGGAGAAAAUCAUCAGCAGCAAGCUCCUCAAGCCUGGGGCGAAUAAGAGAAUUGCGACCGUUGAUCGCCACGUCGGCAUUGUAUCGGCUGGUCUCGUUCCUGAUGGUCGUCAUUUCGUUUCCCGCGCUCGCGACGAAGCCUCCUCCUGGAGGGCCACAUACAAGGGUCCCAUCCCUACCUCUGCACUCGCCAACCGUCUCGGCGGUUACGUACAAGCAUACACUCUCUACUCUAGCGUACGGCCAUUCGGUGUGACCUCCAUUGUUGGUGGAUGGGAUUCCGAGGCCGAGCUGGCUGUUGAUGGCCAGGUUGGCUCCGGACCCAAGUCUGGUGCCGGUGGAAAGGUUGACGGUGCCAAGGCUGGCGGACCUGGCCUAUACAUGAUCGAGCCCAGUGGAUUGUACUGGGGAUAUUACGGUGCUGCCACCGGCAAGGGACGACAGGCGGCCAAGGCCGAAUUGGAGAAAUUGGACCUCAGCUCUGGGAAAUUGUCUCUGCUGGAGGGUGUGAAGGAGGCCGCUCGCAUUAUCUACGUCGCGCACGAGGAUAGCAAAGACAAGGAGUUUGAGUUGGAGAUGUCGUGGAUCAGCUCUCUGGAUGGUCCUACCAAGGGCCGACAUGAGGAGGUACCCAAGGAUAUCCUUGAAGAGGCUGAGAAGGCCGCUCGACGAGCACUCGACGAGGAUGAAGAGGAGGAGGAUAAGGGUGCUGGGGAGCAGAUGGAAGAGUGA